AUGAAUCGCUUUGGUGAUAUCGAGGUUUUAUUUAAAAAGCUUCCACCUGUUUAUGGUUAUCGCAGUGCAGCACUUGUUUCAAUUGAAAAAGCACUAGAACCUAUCCAGUCUCAAAUUGAUGAACUACCUUAUUAUAUAAAGAUAGCUAAACGCAAUUGUCAUUUUCCGUCAGAACAUGGACUAUCACGUGAUCAAUCGGCUGCUGUUUAUAUCUAUACAAUGGAAUGGGGUGAUAUUACUUUGUAUUGUGUAUUAAAUAAAGCACUACGAUCUGAAAAUCGACAAGCAUUAAAGAUAUGGUUUCCAUAUUUAAAAUUACUUGAUACGGCAUUGGAUAAGUUACCUACUGUUAAAGAGGCGGUAUGGAGAGGUGUGUCUCUUGAUAUUGGCAAAAACUUCACCGAAAACCAAAUUGUGACGUGGUGGAGUGUUAGUUCAUGUUCGUCAUCGGUCAAAGUUAUUAAAGAUUUUCUUGAUAAAGACAAAAAAUCAACUCUUUUUCUUAUUGAAGCUGUUAAUGGAAAGAAAAUUUCUGGAUAUACAGAAUAUGAAAAUGAAAAUGAAGUUAUUUUACGAAUGGGCUCACAAUUUCGCGUGAAAAGCGACCCCUUAGAACAAUCGAACGGCUCACAUGUUGUGCAUCUAAUUGAAAUUGAUGACAACGAUGAUCAACCAUUAGCAUCAGCUAUGAAUGAUAUGUAUCUGGCAGCAGCAAAAUCACCAACUAAAACUACUUCUGCAAUUCUUAAUCUUCCAGUCGAUGCACGAUGGGCACAGAAGGGAGUGAUCGUUGCUGGAGGUAAUGGAGCAGGUUAUGCCACAAAUCAACUCUCUCAUCCUAUUUCUCUCUUUGUUGAUGAUGAUCAAACGAUGUUCAUCGUUGAAUUCUACAAUCAUCGUAUCAUGCAAUGGAAGAUGGGUGAUAAGAAUGGAGAAGUUGUUGCUGGUGGCUAUGACUAUGGAAAUCAAUUGAAUCAAUUGAACGUUCCAAGCGAUAUGCUGAUGGAUAAAGAGACGGAUAGUCUCAUUAUUUGUGAUCGAGGAAAUAAACGAGUCGUUCGAUGGUCUCGUCGUAGUGGCACAACUCAAGGGGAAAUUCUCCUAGACAAUAUUACUUGUUGGGGGUUGACCAUGGACGAUCAGAGAUAUCUCUACGUCUCUGACGAAACAAAAUCUGAAGUAAGACGAUAUCAAAUAGGAGAUAAGAAUGGAACUCUCGUUGCUGGUGGCAAUGGCUAUGGUGCUGAUCUCAAUCAAUUCAGUUGGCCGACUCACAUCUUU